AUGAGCGCACUGCUUGUCGGUCUACUGUUUCUGUUUACUGUCCAUGUCUCCGCUCGAUAUCACCCCCAAAAUCCUGUGAAAAACAAUAAUGUGCUUAUGAGUAUGGAGCAAUUAGAUAACUGUGCAAACUGCAAGGGCAACGGUGAAGACUCAAGACCCUGCUGUUCGUCACCCUCGAAUAAGGCUGUUUUCUCACAACAGCUAGAUGACUGUCCGAAUUGUGAAAGCAAUGGUAGAGACCCAAGACCCUGCUGCCACCGCUCCAACAAGAUUGCUGGCAAAACCAAUAAUGUUCUUGCAGGCAUGGAGCAGUUAGCAGGCUGUGCGAACUGUGAGGGCAAUGGUGAAGACCCAAGACCAUGCUGUCACCACUCCAAACAAACUAGCAAAAAAGAUAACCUGCUUACAGACAUGGUAGAAAAAGAGCUAACUGACUGUGAAAAGUGCAAGGGUAACGGUGAAGACCCAAGACCCUGCUGUUCGUCACCCUCGAAUAAGGCUGUUUUCUCACAACAGCUAGAUGACUGUCCGAAUUGUGAAAGCAAUGGUGAGGACCCAAGACCCUGCUGCCACCCCUCCAACAAGGUUGCUGGCAAAACCAAUAAUGUUCUUGCAGGUAUGGAGCAGUUAGCAGGCUGUGCGAACUGUGAGGGCAAUGGUAAAGACCCCAGACCCUGCUGCCACGCCUCCAACAAGGCUAUUUUCUCAGGAUAG